AAAGCAAAGAACGGCUACACCCAACAGCAUAAAUAUUUUACCUUUCUACAUGCUGUCUUCCAAUAAAGGUAAAACUUCAGCUGUGUUAAAAGAAGCACGAGUGGAAAUUAUUCCUUCUAGCGUCUGUAACAGUUCGGAUGCGUACGGAGGUCUGGUUAACAACAACAUGCUCUGUGCUGGCUCUCGAUCAGGAGGCACCGACGCCUGUCAGGGAGACAGCGGUGGCCCUUUAGCGUGCUACCACCCUGGUACCCACAAGUACUACCUCAUAGGGAUUGCCAGCUUUGGAGUUGGCUGCGGGCGACCAAAAUUUCCUGGGAUCUACGUCCGUUUAUCGCAAUACAGGGGAUGGAUAAAAUCGGAACUUCUGCUGAGUAACAAGGCGGUGAAUCCCAUCAGCGUUACACUUACCAUCUGCCUGACCGCGAUACAGACGGUACUUGUGUGGACUUUCUGAAGGGAGAAACUGUGGCACCAUCGAGGUUUGGUCUGCCUGGUGAAACUUUGACAAGGGAGCUAACUCCUGUCUCAGAAUAAAUCUAAGAGCCAAAGGACACACGUGCAUUUUUUUAGAAGUCAUGUUUGCAACUGUAUGAUCUGUUUUCUGCCUUUGACAUCCAUGCUAACAGUAAAUAACAGCCUUGACCCUAAUAAUGAAAUUGAAUACAGGAAGGUUACCGACAGAAGAAACUUUUUUCCCUACCCCAUUUCUAUGCUUUUCCAGCUAAAAGCAGCUUAAGCACUAGUCAGUAAAUGCUACCGUGGUUCUGUCGAUGGCAGAGACACUCCCUCUGCUGGGUCAGUACCAGCAGAGCACAAAAAUGCUUUUAUUUCACAGCAGCUCUGCUUGCUGAAAAUGAAAAAGGGGGGAAAAAACCCAAACCCAAACAAAAAAAACCCACCUGCAGAAAGAGAAAAGCUAUUCUCCACUAAUUACCUUGAGCCAGGGUUAAAAUUUAGUCACAAAUACCCUAGUACUCUGGCUGCUGAACAGACACAUCCAAUAGAAGACCUCUGGGUGCUGUUUCACAGACUAAACAUUUAUUCUCGGCCACUGUACAAGAGCUGAUACCACACAGCGUAUGCAUCCUUGGUCAGAACCACUGCAGUACUACAUUAAUUAAAAAUAAAUAAGGAACAUCAGAAUUAUAUUUUGGCGACUUUAUUUACCAAGGUCAAAAUUUGCAACCAUCUAAUUGUUUCAACAAAUAUUUACAAUUCAUAUAAAGCAUGUACUUUUGUUUGGAAAUAACCAGCAGAACAGGAUUAGGUACUAUAGCUCUUACUCUCAGAAUAUAGGUUUUACUCUCUUACAAUCUAGAUUUUGAAGUAAAUCCAAAAUAAGUACUUCAUGAUAAGUGAUUACUUAAAAAGAGCAAACUCAUGUUACUGUUUAAUAUUUCCAUGAUGAAAAAUAA